AGAUCCUCUGUCUGGCAAAGGUCACAUCCCCCUGCUGCGUACCCUCUGGCGCCGUUGAUCCUUGUGUCUUUCCUAUAACUUAUGAAUCAUACCAAAACUUAUAGAAAACAACUCUGGUGGGCGCUUUGGAUGCACUGGAGGACCCACAAGAUCGCCGAGAACUUCAGAAACCGGCGGAUGAUCGAUGAUCUAUGGUCCACUGUAUCUCCCAGCUCUCGGGGUUCUGUGGCAAUAUUUUAAUCUCUAUGCAGUCCCCCCCAUAGUAUAUAACAGCUAUCGCACUUUGUCCAGGCUUAACUGCUACCUGCACAAGCCCUCUUCAAACGUUCUCGUAUAUCCCUCGCUGUCAUCUUUUCCAAUCUAGUUUCCUUCUGGAAAUAAUACCAUGGCUCUUGAUCUCUCCGGAAAAGUCGCUAUCGUCACUGGUUCUGCCAAGGGCAUUGGCGCUUCUAUCGCCAAACGUCUGGCAGCGGACGGUGCAAGCGUUGUCAUUAAUUACGCUUCGAGCGCCGCCGUUGCUGAGGAACUUGCCAACUCCAUCAAUGCUCAGGGCACUGGCAAAGCUGUCGCUGUCCGUGCAGACGUCUCUACCAUUGCGGGAGGCAAGCAUUUGCUGGAAGAGGGCGUGAAGGCGUUUGGGAAGUUGGAUAUUCUCGUGUUCAACGCUGGAUUGAUGAAGAAUGAUGUCUUGGCGAACGUGAGCGAGAAGGACUUUGACGAUCACUUCAGUAUCAACGUCAAAGUCCCCCUCUUUGUCACACAGGCUGCCGUCCCUUACUUGAAACCUGGUGGCCGUGUGAUGUUCUUCUCCACCUCUCUCACUAAGAACACCGCACCCCCACCCAACUAUCUUCUGUACAUUUCCGCAAAGGGCGCCGUCGAGCACCUCGUACGUGUCCUCGCGAAGGAUCUUGGUGCGAAAGGUAUCACGGUGAACGCCAUUUGCCCAGGUCCCGUCGACACCGAUCUCUUCAGGAAUGGAAAGACUGAACAACAGAUUCAGUUCUUCGCUAACUUGCAUCCUCAAAAGAGGCUAGCGAGUCCGGAUGAAAUUGCACCCAUCGUUGCAUUCCUCGCCCGGGACGAAGCCGGGUGGAUCAAUGGGCAAAAGGUGUAUGUCAAUGGGGGCUUUAACGUUUGAGAAACUGAACGAGUUCGAAUCUCCAUGCAUAGAGUGCGUCAUAUGGACUAAGAACAUUAUACCUUCCGUCAUGCAUACCGUCCUGUCGUCCUACAUCGCCGAAUUCACAUCGUGGUUUGAAUUUCUUUCUUGCGACGUUCGAGUUAGCAUCAUAUCUUCGUUCGGGUUAUGCCACAAAUACGCAUACUGCUUGAUCAAGGGCCCGCCCGUCUGCCUGUCAAUACGGAAUGGUGGGUAGUAUACAAAUUUUCUAUCAUGUCUCUACCAAUAUAUCAUCUAAGCAACUAAGUAUCCUUCUCCCGCUGAUAUACAAUCAGCUUCCCGAC